AUGAUCGUAUUAAACGAUGAUAAAGCGAUCAUUGAAAAAGGUUUGGUUUUGCAUGGUUGUAAGCCACCUGUACGAGUGGGUGAUGCUGUCAUUGCUGUUAAUGAUAAGCAAUUUGACACAACUGAAGAUUUGACUCAGGUAUUAGUGGAAAAAGUGGAUGGAAUAGCAGCUGAAGCUGGUGUGAAAGAAAAAGAUCACAUUAAACGUAUUAAUGAGGAACCGAUACAAACAUUGGAAGAUUUUCAAAAUCUUAUUAAAGAUCAACAAAAAAUUGUCCUGUACAUUUCUCGAGGUAUAAAAAUUGCUAAAAAUAAAGUGGAAUUUGCAAAAAAGGUUAUUAGCGUGCAUAUCCCAUAUGAGCCCGGAGAUAUUUUAGGUGUAAAAGUAAAGGAUUUAACAGUAGUCGAUAUACAAAAUGGUUCAAUUGGUGAAGCAAAAUUUGAGCUACAAGAUAAAUUAGUUGAUAUAAAUGGAGUAAAAUUGAAAGAAGAUGAACAAUUUUAUGAUUUGUUACGACGAAUCAAUGAAGAUCUGGAAAUAAACGUUAUAAGAAAUGUUGUUAAAAAUGAUGAUAAUGAAAUAGCAGCUGGUGCAUCAUCAUCGGUUACUGCCACCAUUUAUAGAGUUCUUAUUUCACUUUCUAUGGCACCGUGUGAAGCAUUAGGUGUACGACCGGAUGAAAAUUUGUUAAUUUCACGUAUUAUGGAUAAGUCACAUGCACAGGGUAAAUUUGAACUUGGUGAUGUAAUCAAGAAAUUGAAUGGUAUUCCAAUUAAGGAUCGAAAUCAGUUUUUUAAAUUAUUCGAAGAUGCUACUGCUGGUGGACGAAUUAUCGUUGAACGUAGUGCAGAACGUGAAUUGGAAUUGGAGAAACGACUUUUACCACCAAAUAUUGAAAAAAUAAUCAAAAGGCAUGCAGGAUAUGAUUAUAUUAUUGUGAAUGUUCGCUAUGAUUCAAGUGCAGGUCGUCCAUUUGGGCUAAAUAUAGCAAAUGUCACAGCGCAUAAAAUCAUUAUUCAUGAUGUGACCGAAAAUACUGUAGCCGGAGAUUAUUUGAAAAUUUACGAUCAUAUUAUAGCUAUCAAUGGUAAUCCAGUAUCAGAUGUUAAUGUAGCAAAGAAAAUGAUACGUGAAUGCGGAGCAAAUUUUCAGCGUCCAAUCACCUUGGAUAGUAAUGGAGAAAUUAAACGUGAAGUGGACGAAUGGAGAAAAAAAAUAGCUCGCCCAAAAAAUCUCGAACAGAUGCCACCAGAUGUUCAAGAAAUUGUUGAGAAACACUUCAAACAACGUCGAAUCAAACAAGCCACCAACCUCGUUUCGGUUCUUCGUAAACCAACCGAUCAACAACGUAAAAUUCAUUUUUUAGAACACCACAUUGAAACACAGAUCCAAAGUGAUACACCACCAACGAAACGUUUACGUCCAUGUCGCUGA